AUGAUCCGGGGCACUGGCCGGCAGGUCGUGGGCCUGUACUCCAGGUUCGACGUGAUCCACCUGGCUGCCCAGAAAACCUACAACAACCUGGACAUGAGUGUGGGGGAGGCACUGAGGCGGCGAACGCUCUGCCUGGAGGGGGUGCUCACCUGCCACCCCCACGAGACCAUGGGUGACGUCAUCGACCGCAUCGUACAGGAGCAGGUCCAUCGCCUGGUUCUGGUGGACGAGAAGAACUCGCUGCGGGGGAUCGUCUCCCUCUCCGACAUCCUGCAGGCCCUGGUCCUCUCGCCCGCAGUUCCCUUCCAGUGCCCGACCUCCAGCCAGACACACAUGGCAGAUGUGAUGAUUCCUGAAAAUCUUACUUCAUCAUAUAAAAGAAAAGGUUCUUCCAAUCCCAAAGGAUCAGCCACAUACCCAGGCAUCAGCCGGCAUUCAUGCUGAAGGUGCUGGGGGGGGCUGCUGCCACGUCUGUCUGGAGGCUCCUUGGCGCUGCCCAGGGGAGGCCUGCCAUGCGGAAGGCCAUGGCGGAGCCUGGCUGGUGAUGCCGCUUCUGGGACUGUCGGUGCCUCGGGGCUGCUCUCUCUGGGAGCUGAUGAGCGGCAGGACACAGGGAAGCCCAGCGGCCAUAGACACGGAGCUGCCCCCUAGCACUCACCGAGGCGGCCGCUUGGCUUGGCACUUGGCCGGGCCUGGCCCGGGGAAGAGCAGCCAGGCCCCACCGGACCAGGGUAGGCAUCACGUGUAAAGCAAAGCUCAAGUGACAUGGGAGAUGCUUGCAAAGUCCAGCCCCAGCACAGACCACCCAGACCCCCAGCCAGGCGAAGCGCUUCUGUUGCCUCUGCUCCGGGGCCGCCCGGCCGCUCCCGCCAGCACUGGAGCUGGUGUCCAUAACGCCCCUGCGGAACGAGACUAAACAGCCCUGUUGGCUUAGUGCAGGGGUGGGGUGUUAUUGUAGGGUCACUCGGUUGUGGCCCCCCUUGUUAUUGCUCCCCCUGCUUUGUGGGCGGCCCGCUGGGUUGUUAUUGGCCAGCAGCUCCCGCUGGCUGGGUACUGUGGCACUGGGCACUGCGUGUUAUUGUAGGGUAGCUGGUGAGCGCCAGGGGCCACGCGUGGGGGGGGACGUGUAUUUAUUCGUGGCUGGCUGCGCUCCUCCUGCUGAACGCUGGGUAUGUAACAUCGUCCCUCGCCGGGCACCAGGCUGAUGUUCCUCAUCGCUGCCCCUCUGCCCGCGGCACCCACCCGUGGCACCCUGUAUCAAGCCCCCUUCCGCCAUCCUGACCCAGAGCCAACCCUGGAGCAAAUGCCAGAGGUUAUGGGCUCCUCUCCGGGUGCCCCCAUGCUCGAGACUGGCCCUUGGCAGCGGGCUGUGAGCAGCCCCACAGAGCCCUCCAGCAGUCCCGAGGCACCAGGUGGAGAUGGCAUAACACGGGUCAGGGGAAUGGGCAGCAUGGUGGCUGGAGGGUCAUGCCCGCUGCUCUCCACACUGGGAACAUGCUGGCACUGGGCCUUGGGUAGUUAUUUAGGGCAGCUGAGCUGGAGGGCACUAGCCCCCCCCCCCGACCCCGAGCUCGUCCAAGAGAGCCCAGAACUGGGGGUCACUAGCCAAAGGGGGGAUGCCCCCAGCAGCACCUGCUAAGCUGAACUGAGCCGAAACCGUCCUGCCGGGAUCCCAGCCCGGUGCCUGGGACGCAGCAUCCCAUGGGCCCAUCAGUGGGUGGUGCCACCCCAGCCCAGGGCUCCCUGGGCGUUCCCAGCAGCCAGCCGUCGUGCAGAGCCAGAACCCUGGGGAAUCCCGGGGCAGCCGUGGGGUAAGGGCAUGGCCAGGGGGCUGACGGAGGUGUGAGGGCCCUGGGGGCAGCGCCAUGUCUUGCCAAGGGAAAACUUUUCCCUAGUACGCCAUUGAGGGCAGCUCGCUGUGUUGGCGGCUGGCACCUUUCAGCAGGGGGAUGGGGGAGGGACUCUGGGCCACCCUCUCCGGUAGGCAGAGGGUAGCACCAGGGUGGAGGCGGGCAAGGGCAUGGGAUGGUUUCUGGAGAGGGAGAUCUCACCCUGUGGAGGUGGGGGCCUUUAUCCCCCUCCCCCUCCUGGGACGGCCAAGGGGCGAUUGGGCUGGAGCACCCAUGAGUAAGACGCCCUGUCUUGCUGGUAGGGCAGAGGCGGGUGGGGGGAGGCGGGGCAGUAGGGCAGGUCCCAGGCUCAGUGGGAGCCGGGCGUCCCUGAGGGCGACUGUCCAGGAGCGCCAGGGGCCUGGCUGGCACCAGGACUGGCAUACAUGGGGCCAAGCUGGCAGCAGAGUGAAUCUGGCUCCUGGGAGAAAAACCCAGGGGCUCAGACUCACGGCAGAGCUGAGGCAAACCCCCAGCUGUGGCUGGCCUGGGGUUAGGCCCCCACUCCAGGCUGGGCCUGGCCAUGCUCCCCCAUGCACCUCUGGCCUUUCCUUCUUCCCAGCCUGCUUUCGUUCUCCUGCCACAGAAAUGCGCUCAGGAGCGAGCCGCAGCCUGGCAAAUGCGGGGCUCCACUGCCCUCGGGUGCCCGGCUGGUUCAGGGCUUCCACCGCCUGGUGAGGUGCCAGCGUGGCAGCAAAGCCCAGGCUGCCAGAAGGCCGAGCCGAGGGGCUGGUUGCUUUGCAGUGGGGGAGCCCGGGGCUAAGACAAAAUCUCUCCCCAGGGGCUGGGCGCCCAGCGUAGCCCAGGAACUGCAGGCCACAUGCCAAGCUGCCCCCAUCACACCAACCUCUCGCCCACCUGACCUCCAAAUCAGGCCCGCGCCCCUUCCCCUGGCCUGGUGCUGCAGCUGGGGCAGGUGCUCAGUGGCCCCAGGGAAUGGGGGCCGCCCCUCACCACACUCCACAUCACACUCAAACCCAGCACGGCAGGAGCUCCAGCACCUGUUGCUUUAUUGCUGCUCCCAGCUGGGCUACGGGAUCCCCCACUUGCCCCCGGGACAGUGCUGGCACCUCAGGCCUCCCACAGGCCCCCGUUCCGAGCCCUGGCCACCCGGGGAGCUAGAAGUUUGCAAACAGGUGGCAGGUUGCUCCCAGUGCUGUCCCUGCUCUGCUGCUCGCCCCAGGGCCAGGGAGGGGAUGAGUCAGGGUCAGCCUUGGGGUUCGAACCCAGGAGUCCUGGCACCCAGCCCUGUGCAUUAGCCCCAGAUGCAGGCAGCAGGCCGGUGGCAGAGGUUAAUGGAGCUGCACGCCUGCUCUGGCCAGGCCUGUCCGUUCCACAGGCUGGCACAGCUGGAUGGGUCCCCCUGGCGGUGCCCACGACAGAAAUUGUCCCUGUGCAGAGGUUCCUCUGCCCUGGGAGGGGGGGAACGGAUGUGUGUGAGUGUCAGGGUUCCCUCCCCACUCUGAACUGUGGGGUACAGAUGUGGGGGCCCGCAUUAAAGACCCCCUACGCUUAUUUCUAGCAGCUUAGGUUAAAUACUCCCCAAGGUACAAAUCCUUCCCUGGUUCUUGGACGGUACUGGUGCCACCACCAAGGGAUUUAAACAAACAUUCAGGGAGGGGCCACUUGAAGACCUAUCCCUCCCCAAAUAUCCCCCCAAAUCCC